AGAAAGUCACAGGUCUGUCUGCAAAGAUACUUGUUGAGAUCCAAAGUAUUUGGUUGUAGGUGGAGGUAAACAUGUACAAUAACCAGAGUCAAAGAACAAGUCCUGGAAGAGGAAGGGGAACACAUUCUAGAAACCAUGCAAAUUAUGCGAAUGGAAGAAAUGCUGGGAUGGGACAGCAACAGGCUGACCUAAAUGACAGCCAUCAAGAUUCAAUGGAUCUAACCCAAGCUGGCCAGCAGCAGGCUACCCCACAGCCAUCUCGGGAGCCACAGCAUACGGGUUGCUACGUGGUAAUACCACCAAAUGAAUCAAGAAGAGAAAAACUUCAAAGAGUGGCUAAUCAAGAAUUGGAAGAAUGGGAACGCUUUAAGGAAGCUCGUAGACUUGGACCUGUAAAAAUAACACCAGGAAAAGUUGGUGGAUACGUGCCAGAAACAGAAACAAGGCAAAGACAGCAGAUGGUGCAAUCACAAUCCAGGUACCAAAAAAUGCUUCAGAAGGAAGACUACAAAAAGAAACAGAAAGCUGAGGAAGAUGCCCAGAUUCAAAAAAUGAAAGACAUUCAGAGGCAAAAGGCUGAAAAACUAGAAUUAAAAAAGAGGCAAGAAGAACAGUCAAGACAGAUUCAGUGGCAAGAAGACAAGUUUUUAAGGAAUCAUGCUUUCCUUGAUCAGUUGUCCCCCGGAGAGAACAACUAUCGAACUGAUAAUCGAUGUGAAACUGAACCAAGUGCCUCGGCAAAGAGAGAGUCUUAUAAACAACAAAGUAAACAAGAAGAAGAAAGACAACUUCAAUAUAUGAAAGAAGAACAACGCAGAAAGAGUGAAUUGUUAGAACUGAAACAAAGGCAAGAAGAAGAACAAAGGAGAACAUCUCAACAAGAUCAUCAUAGAAGGGUAAACAAUGCUUUCCUGGAUAGACUUGAAAGAAAGAACACCUCAAACCCAAACCAGGAUAGAUAUUGUGGCCUCAGUAAUGCAUGGAACUAAAGGCCUUCAGAGAAUAUAUCAAAAUGUAAUCACGAUUCAUGGGCUACUGCUUCCAACUCACUUUCUGAUCUUGGAGAAUUCAGCAAUACUUGAAAAGCAUUACAGUUACUGUAAAUGGAAAUUACUUACGCAACUAAAUGUAGUCCAUGUUCAAUCAUUAAAAAAACUAUGAUGUAUUUUCAAA